AUGAAAUUCUCCGUCGCUGUCUUGCCCGCCCUUCUGGCACCGUCGACUGCCCGGAGUAUCUUCGGUGGCGAUGCCCAAAAGGCCAUCACUCAUAAUGACGAUUUGAAGAUUCCCGGAGAGUCGCCGUUGGAGCACUGUCCCGAUAGGAAGAGCGAGGGCUUUAUUGAGAUUAACAGCGUGGAUCUGGUCCCGAACCCGCCUGCUGCUGGCAAGGAACUCGUCAUCAAGGCAAACGGAACUGUCAAGAAGACUAUCGAGGAAGGCGCAUACAUCGAUCUUGUUGUCAAGUACGGACUCAUUAGACUGCUCAAGACUAGAGCCGACCUGUGUGAGCAGAUGGGAGAAGUCGAUCUGAAAUGCCCCGUCGAGCCUGGUGACAGAGUCAUCACAAAGACUGUUGAACUUCCCAAGGAGAUCCCACCCGGCACCUAUAACGUUGAGGCCGACGUCUUCACCCGUGACGGAGAAAGAAUCACCUGCUUGACUGCUAGUGUCAAGUUCAACCUCCCUGGAAUGGACUUCCUCGGCGGCGAGUUGUAA